CAUGUUGGUGGCGCUGUAUUGGACCAGUUGUAUACUGUGGUGCUGAAGAUUUCGUCAGCUAUCAAUGACUUGACUAAAACGAUUAACAACAUGUCGUCCGCCAUUACGAACUUGAAUGUUAAUGUUAACCAAUUGCUUUCAAAGUCUAAUGAGCGCGAAAGACCGCAUGAAUUCGAUUGCGGACUGUCAAGUCAGCAGUUCCCUUUGUCAUCUGAAGAGGAACUACAGAUGCUAGAUACUGGUUUGUCGCAGAAAGAAACCAGGGACAGAUUUAUGGCAAUGGUCACUAGGUUAUCAGGUGACGAUCCAAAAGCGUCCAUGCGUUUUAUUCUGUCGCAUCUGCUGACACCGGAGGUUGCCAGUAAAUUCACGUUACUUGGCACCUCUUCUAAACGAGCACUACAUAAAUGCACGUUUUACAGCUGCAUACGAAGUGCCUUAACUCAUCGUUUUUUGUCAUCCUCUGUAAAUGAGAAAGACCUUGGUAAGCUAUACGACACAGCGACACAAGGUUACUUUCACGACCUUCGAGACAAGAUGAUAAAACGAAAUAGAAGAAAAGAAAAUCAGUUACAGUCAACAAUACUGACGAACAUAACCAAUUCACAGGACGACUACCCCAAUUCUGAUUAGUCCGUGCAAUUGCUUUGAUGUUGUACCUCGAU